AUGAGCACGCUUUCACCGCAACGCAAACGAAUGGUCAUCGUCGCGGCCCUGGCAGGCCUUGGCAUGAUCGCGGUGGCCGGCGGCGGCCUGGCUGGUUCACUCAAGACGGCCACGGCGAUCACACCGCCGACCUCGGUCGAUCAGGUCCUGGCGACACCCAGCCUCGCCGGCGUGGUGGAGGCGGUGAGCCCGGCGGUCGUCUCGAUCGAGGUCACACACAAGGCCCGGCCCGCGCUCACCGCCCAGCAGCGGAGCGGCCAGCGUAUGCCGGAGCACUUCAAGCGCUUCUUCGGCGACGACUUCGCCGAGCGCUUCGGCUCCACGCCGGACCUCGAGCCCGGCCCCAUGGUGCCGAGCGGGGGCAUCGGCUCCGGCUUCAUCAUCGACGCCGACGGCCACAUCGUGACCAGCAAUCACGUGAUCGCAGGCGCCGAGACCGUGACCGUGAUUCUCGACGACGGCACGCGGCUCGGUGCCGAGAUCGUCGGCCAGGAUACGCGGACCGAUCUUGCGCUCCUCCGCGUCGAGACCGACGAGCCUCUGCCGACUAUCGACGCGCCGAUCAAUCGCGGCAACUCGGGUGGGCCUGCCGUCAAUCUGCAUGGCGAGGUCAUCGGUGUGAACACGUCGAUCGUCUCGCCCUCCGGCGGCAAUGUGGGAAUCGGCUUCGCAGUCCCCGCCGCGACGGCCAAGGUCGUCAUCGACGACCUCAAGGCCCAUGGCUGGGUCAUGCGCGGAUGGCUCGGUGUCCACAUCCAAUCGGUCACCGACGACAUCGCAGCCAGCCUCGGGUUGGAGAACGCGGAGGGCGCCAUCGUCGCCAGCGUGCAGCCGGAGAGCCCGGCCGAGGCCGCAGGGCUCGAGUCCGGCGAUGUCAUCAUCGCCGUGGAUCAGUUGCCGGUCGAAGAUACGCGGGCGUUGACGCAAGUGAUCGCCGCCAUCGACGCCGGGACCUCCGCCACGCUCACUGUCUGGCGCGACGGCCAGGCCAUGGAGAUCACGGCGGCUAUCGCCAAUUUGGCGCCGCCGGUCGAGGCCAGCGCGGAGAUGACCGGCGCAGAUGAGGCCGGCCGCCUCGACACCUUCGGUCUUCGCCUCGAGAACGUCGAUCCCGAGGCAGGCGACGGCGCGGAAGCGGACGGCGGCUCAGGGGCCGUGGUCGUUGCCGGAGUGGCGCCGGGGAGCGCCGCGCAUCGCAAGGGGCUUCGCCCCGGCGACGUGAUUGUCACCGUGGGCAACGAGCCCGUCGGAUCGGUGGCGGACGUGAACGAGCGUAUCGAGGCCGCUCAGGGCGACGGGCGCGAGGCCGUGCUGCUCUUGAUGAGCCGUGACGGGCGCGAGCACUUCGUCGCUCUUCCCUUCGCCACGUCGUGA